AAUUAUACAAUGCGUAAUGUGCCGUUGCAUUGAGCAUGCAAGUGUCCUCUGUAAGAAGAGGUUAAACGGGGCAGGGUAAAGAAGACCAGCAGGCUGUGCUUUUAAAAGACCCGAGGAGACUAUAAAAGUGGUUUCAUGCCCGCUGCAGUGAAGGCUCGGCUCGAUAUGCGCACACACAGACCGAGGUAGGCAGAGCAGAUAGAGAAAGGGGGACAACACACACUCAACAACACCCACGCGCGCAGUAUUCAAGCUUUCUUUUCAAAUGUCGGCUCUCUCUCAUAGGUAGAGACUAUCCAGAAGAGGGAGUUUAUAGGUGCGGCAAUUUUCUUUAGUUCUUCUAAGACAAGCUUUACACAUAACGAGUGUCAGACAUCGUAGUGUACAGAAGUGCGUGUGUGCUACUUUAGUGACUAGGAUGCGCGUCUUGUCCAGCCGACCCGCUGCUGUUUGACUCAUUUCCCCUAAGGAGCUGGAUGCGCUAACCGCUCUGUUUUCUUACCGGGGGAAGUCGGGCUCAUUUAAACUUUUCUGGCCGUACUUUUGAUGCAAUGGGACCGCGCCAACGGGACAGCGUGUCCGCGCUGUGUAGAAAAAGUUUCCUGUGGACUGUGCUGAUACUCUGGCUGACCACGUUUGUUGACGGGACCUGGAAGACUGGACUUUACAAAACCUACUCAGUGGGGACGCAGACAGCAGCCUCUCACACCUCCGUCUAUCAGAAAAGGAACUGGUGUCCUCAUACGGUCACUAAGACAGUGACUUGCCAGGUGCAGAAUGGGACGGUCCUGCAGCGGAUCUACCAGACGUGCCGCUGGCCGCAGGGAUGUACAGGAGGCAGCUACAGGACUGUGGUCAGACCUUCCUAUGUAAUGGUGUAUCGCACUGUGACCUCUCUGGAGUGGAAAUGCUGUCCAGGAUUCAGCGGUGCUACCUGUGAAGAAGAUGCAGGGAACCAGCUUGCAGCUCAAGAGGCAGUGAGGAAAUCAUCCACGCUUCGCCGCCCGCCCACACGCACAGGAGAGUCCGUCUCUAAUUGUCUCAACUGCAGUCGAAUCACAGCUUUGACUGACCGGCUGAGCUCACUGGAGGCGAAGGUCCAAUUACUUACCGCCCCAACCUCCAUAUCACAUCGCCACCUUCAGGGUAAAGGAGCAACUGCACCAGAGGCCUCAUUACUGAUGGGGGCUAUGCCCACUCACGGAGCUCCUGGUGAGCAGGGACCUGCAGGUCCUCAGGGUGAAAAGGGGAGAGAUGGGCUUCCUGGCAAAGAAGGGAAAACAGGGUCUCGAGGGCUGCCAGGUCCCAGUGGGCCUCGGGGGGAGGCCGGGACAAGGGGCCCAUCUGGAAGCCCUGGAUUGAAGGGAUCCUCGGGACCUGCAGGCCCCCGUGGUCCUCCAGGCCUUCCCGGAGAGAGGGGUUUACCAGGCCCGCCUGGCCCUCCAGGGCCUCCAGCUUCAGCCAGUGCCCACAUCCCAGAACCAGACCACAGUCGUGGAAAAGACCCCUUUUUCAGCAACACUUUCCAUGACUCACGAGGGUUGCCUGUUCCAGGACCUCAGGGUCCCCCUGGGCCUGUUGGUCCACCAGGUCCCAAAGGCCCAGUAGGACCUCCUGGCCCAUCAGGACAGAAUGGGAAACCUGGAGCCCCUGGAACGCAGGGCCCUAUGGGGCUAAAGGGAGACCGUGGGGAGAGGGGUCCUUUAGGUUACCCAGGAGAGAGGGGCUUCAGAGGCGAGCCGGGAUCACCGGGUUCCAAGGGAGAGCCAGGAGAGAAGGGCAUGCCGAGCAAUCUAAAUGACAUUAGCUUGCAGAUGUUCCACGACUUACAGGCAGACCUUGAGCUUCUGGCUCGCAGGGUGACGCUGCUGGAGGCUAUCAUCUGGCCAGAGCCUGAUCUAGGGUCUGGGGAUGGACCGUUUGGCACAGCCUCCCCUAGUUUCUACAGAGAUAAGAGGGCAGGUGCGCUCCCAUAUCGACUUGCUUCUCCUCUGUCCUCCAACACCAAGGUUCGAGGGAAGUAGCUCCCCCGCUCACCCUGAGGAUCACAGGCUGGGUUGACUCCCCCUCCUAUAGGUCUCAUCGGCAGAUUUAGACCUUACCUGAUACGCUCUCUGGGCUUUACCGUAAGAUUUAGGAUGGGGAACACCUCAGGGAAACUCCACUGAUACUCCACAAUCCCCUCCAUCUGGAACCUGAGAACUAGUUUGACCAACUCCCCCGUCCCCCCCACCCGUCUCCAUAACCAAACAUUUAGCUUUACAUAACACACCCAGCAGCUCCUUCUGUGUCUCAUUUCUUUGGCUACAGAAGUAAAGCCUCAGAAUAAAGAUGUUUACUAUUCGAAAAAAGGAAAAUUUGAAUCUUCCGUGGUGCUCCCUGAGUAACAAAGAGUUCUGGACAAUAAGGGUAAUUUAGAGUAAUCAAUUAAAGGAGGAAUCAGAUGUGAGAAUAUAAGACUGGAUUUGCGUUUGUACUGCUUUCACAAUGUCACUGCAAUCUGAAGAGAUUCCACUAUUUAAGUAAACUGAGCAUGUGACUGUGCAUGUGAAGUUUGCAGGACACAAGUACACAAACAAACCUCUUCUUGUAUUCAUUUUGUUGUACUUCUAUCUAUAUUGUUUAACUCAAUGUUAUGUAGUGCACUAAAAAGAUGAAGUCAUCUCUACUCUAACUGAGAUGCGUUGCUAACAGUGAUUUUCUAGUUUUCUGGUGUGUUUUCUCCCCUUCAAGUAUACACUGAUAAAAUGAUUUAAUAUACAAUGGUAUAGUUACAUGUAAUAUGUGCAAAAAAACACAAAGUUGGAUUUGGUGGCAUAUCAACAGAGGUUGUAUCCUGGGGAAAAAAUAAUGUUCAAACGAAAGCAACUAUGCAAACUGGCUGUCAAUUUGAAGACAUUUAACACACAGAGGAAAUAGCAAAACUGUUAAUGGAACUUGAACAUAUUUUACCACUGUUAAUGGCUUAAACUGUCCUGAUGAAAAUACUUUUUUUCAUCUUAUAUCAAACUUAUUGUGAAACUAUUUAAAAUGAUCAUUUGUAUCUUAUUUUGUAUGCUGUUGUGUAUCCAUUUCAUAUUUCAUGCAACAUCUUUUUCUUGCAAAUGUGUUACUGUGUUCAGAUAAUCCUGUUUAGAUGAUUGGUGUAAUAAAAUGUUCAUUGUUUGUUUUUU